AUGGUCAAGGCGAAGAAGUUGUUACUCAAGUACGCCAAUGUUUUCUCGUCAAACGAAGCUGACAUAGGAAAGACUGGCUUAGUUCAACACAAAAUAAACACAGGACAAGAAUUGCCUAUUCGUCAGCGGCCAAGAAGAUUGCCUGUAGCACGUGAAAAGGAAGUGGAAACCAUGAUUGAGGGUAUGGUGAAGGAUGGUGUUAUUGAACCUUCAUCUAGUCCAUGGUGUUCACCUGUGGUGCUGGUAAAGAAGAAGGACGGCAGUAUGCGGUUUUGUGUUGACUACCGCCGCCUGAACGACGUUACGAAGAAGGACAGCUAUCCCUUGCCUAGAAUUGAUGACACGCUGGACAUGCUCACAGGCGUAAAGUGGUUUAGUACGCUGGACCUGAAAAGUGGCUACUGGCAGGUUGAAAUUAACCCUAAGGACAAGGAGAAAACUGCAUUCUCCACAGGAAAGGGUCUGUGGCAAUUUAAAGUCAUGCCGUUUGGAUUGUGCAAUGCUCCAGCAACGUUUGAAAGAUUGAUGGAGCUUGUACUUAUCGGGCUAAUUGGAGAUGCCUGUCUGGUCUAUUUGGAUGACAUCAUCAUCGUAGGCCGUACGUUUGAGGAACAACUUCAAAACCUGGAACGCGUGCUCAUGAAGAUCCAGAGUGCCAACCUCAAGUUGAGUCCAAAGAAGUGCUCACUAUUCAAACGGCAAGUUAGUUUUUUGGGGUAUGUAGUGUCGGAAGAAGGUAUCCGCAUGGAUCCAGAAAAAAUUGCCGCUGUCAAGGAGUGGCCGGUUCCAAAAGACAAGACACAGGUUAGAGCAUUUUUGGGUUUGUGCUCUUAUUAUCGGCGAUUUGUGAAGAACUUUGCAGAUAUAGCCAAACCUCUGCACAAGCUAACCGAGGAGAAGCAACAAUUCUGCUGGGAUGAAAGUUGCGAUAUUGCAUUCCAGGAGCUCAAGAACCGUCUGUGCAAAACACCUAUUUUGGGGUACCCUGAUGCGGGCAAGGAAUUCAUAGUUGACACAGACGCAAGUGAUAUAGGACUUGGCGGUGUGUUGUCUCAACGGAAUGGUGAUCAAGAGAUUGUGAUAGCGUACUUCAGCAAGUCGUUGUCAAAGCCGGAAAGGAACUAUUGUGUCACAAGACGGGAAUUGCUUGCUGUGGUAAAGUCCUUGCAGCAUUUUAGCAAAUAUCUUCUAGGGCGGAAAUUCCACUUACGAACUGACCAUGCUGCACUCAAAUGGCUAUUGCAGUUCAAAAAUCCGGAAGGACAAGUUGCGAGAUGGAUUGAACUACUGCAGGAAUACGACUUUGUGAUCGAACAUCGCAGAGGGAAAUCUCAUGGCAAUGCAGAUGCAUUGUCAAGAAGACCUUGCCCUGAAGAUUGCAAGCAUUGUACUAGGCAAGAGGGUAAGGAAGUGGUAUCUGUGAGAAUGCUCAGGACAGACCAGCUCAGCAAUGAGUGGAAGGUCAGCCUACAACAUGCACAGCAGGAAGAUUCGGACAUUAAGCCGAUUCUGGAAUGA